CACUGUUGGGUCAAUUCCUUUCCUGUAGUUGCUCUGUUGUUUUCUGCACUCUGCUCCAGGACUGUGGGUAAAUUUAGAGCCUCGGUACAAGCAAAGGCUAACAGCAGUGCUCUGCUAUUGGACCACACCUCCAACCCCAUCCUUUUCUUGUAAAUGGUCAGGCUGUCUCCUGCAGCCUCCCCCUAUACUAACUCUGAAUCCCUAGGAAGACCCAUCUCUUACCAAGCCUGGCUGCUGGUCUCAUCACAAGUUGUUGGGUCCUAUACUGGUUGUGCAGAUGAAUCCACACCUCGACAGAAGCCAGAGCAGAACAACAUCUCUUCGGUCAGCUUAUGAUUUCUUCUUGAAGCCAAGCUUGUCAGGAUUGUGCCAAUCAGAAAAGGAAGCCUACAAGCUGGUUCUGGACUUCAUGGAACCAGGCGAGAUGUCCCUGACAGACAAGCUGAAUUUCCUGCAUGCCGUGUCAAUUUUGAGCGGUGUUGUGCGUGACCAGGCAAAUGGCAACAUGAAUAACUACUAUCCUAAAACCCUUCUAGCCAGGAAAAUUGAGACAUUAAUCGUGGAAGAACCCAUGGAUAUCUUGGACAGUAGUGUGCGCCAGCAAGCUAUGCUCUGCAUUGUGGCUCUGAGCCAGGUGAAGCCGCCUUUCCACUUAUGCCAGAAGCUGGACCUGGUUAAUGUUAGCAUCACCAGCAUAUUUGCCCUGCCCCUCAUCCAGCCCAGUCUAGACCGAAAGGAGAGUGCUAGUCUCUACCUCCAGACAAACCAGGCCUUGGAUGAAAUGCUACAAGCUCUUGUGAUGGAAGAUAGGAGCCCCAACAUGCUUAUUCUGCAAAACUUCGUGGAGAUCAUCUUGCCUUGGUUAAUGCUGUCUGACAAAGUGCACCAACAGACCCGAGCCUUGGGCACUAUUUCCCGAUUGCUGAGGUUUGUUUGCAAUUUCUCGGAACUGUUGCACAUAGUAUCGUUCUCCAUAAUGGGGAGGCUGAUUGGAACCUUCAGCGUCUUCUGCCUGAAUCCCAGCCAGGAGGUCAGUUCGGGAGCACUGGAGGCACUGUAUUACGUGUUCACCGUCCUUGUGCUGCAGAGAAGUAUCAGACCGAAGACAGAGGCCAUCCUGAAGGACUUGCAGAAGCAUUUCCGUGGAAACUGGAUGGCCAACAUGCAGAAUCUCACACUGUUCUUCAGGAAGUACCUGACCCCUGUAGAGAGAGCCGAUGUGAUCAUGGUGGCCAUGGAUGCCAUGACCAGUGGCAGCACAAAUAAUAUCUUGGCAGCCACCAAGAUGUUAAAGGUGAUUCUGAAGUGCCCUCUUACGGAAGUCGCCAAGGUGCCAGAAAUCAUCCAGUUAAUUUACUACCACAUAGACAGAGUCACCGACACAACUGUUCAAAGUACCAUAAAGAAGACCUUCCAAUUGCUGGUCCAGUAUCAUACGGAUGAAGUUAUCCUGACACUGUUCAAGAUACAGGACCAGUCACAAAGAGGGACACAUAAGUCCUGGGAAAUCCUGGCUUCCUUCCCGAAAGGCUACCAAAUGAUCAUGGAAUAUCUGCUGCAGAGGCUGAUUUCACCCCAGACACCCAAGGACCAGGAGACCAGCCAUGGAACAGUGCUCUCAACACCAAUUGUCACCAGGGCCAUCCAUGAGCUGCUGAUGAUACCGAGUCAGCGGUCAGAGGUGCAAACCUUCUUCGCCUCUAUGUUUGUGGCACUACUUUUCCAAAUCUCUUUCCUGGUGACUAGAGGGAGCACUGUGACCCAGGACGAGCUGCUUGAAAUGGAAUGUGUGGACCCCGUGAGUUCUUCUGUAGAGGCCUUGAAGACCUUACUGCGGAGCUCGGGGUACAUAGACCACAUGUCUUACAUUCAGACACUUGGGGGCUGGGAAUUGCUUGUCAGCCCUGAAAAGCACUAUGAUGGAGUCACUCUGCUGGCCAGGUCCCUGGUUGACAAGAAUUGUUGGCACAAUCGUCCUGUCUUCAGCUUCCUCAUCAGAACCCUGGAGAACCCAAACUGUGCCCAUUACUUCACAGCCCUGGUGUUCCUGACAGAGCUGCUCCGCUGUCCAGAUGUGGCCGGUGCUGUGGAUGAAGUCUCCACCAAGGUUCUGGUAGACUGGUUCAAGUGUGAGGAGUCAGCCAUAGAGCAUCUAUUCCUGCAGAUCGCGGAAAUCUUCACAAAGCACAAAAACACGAUGAGGCACUUCUACAUCCUGCAGCCGUACGUGCUGAGCUGCUGCUACUCCUGCAGCUGCGAGCUGGUGAUGGAGACCUUCCUUAUGCUACAGCGCAUCAUCAUGGACUUUAGCUUGCAUCACACCUCUUCCUUCAUCAUCGAGCUGACCUUCACUUUGGCACACUUUUUUGAGGAGGAGUCAGAGCAGCUGCGCCUGAUAGCCUUCGAGAUCUACGGAAGCAUCCUAACUAAGGUCUCCAGGAUGACCCUUGUCUUUCCCUUGAGGCACCAUAUCCUCAACUUGCUGGUCCUCCUUGUGUCACACCUGAAGGAUGCAAAUGUCAACGUGAUGGAGAUCUGUAGGCUCGGCCUCUGCAAUGUAGCUACCAUCAUGGGCUGGUCCAAACUCAAAGUGAUCUUCGCCAAGAAUGAUGCAUUCACCAUCCUCAGUGCCCUGUUGCAGCAGGAAAAGAGCAAGGCGCUCUGGUUUUUGAAGCAGAGCGUGACUCUCUUCAAGAGUCCGCAGGGCCCCAUCCGCCAGGUGGCUGUGUGGUUUGCAGGUCAGAUCAUCCGGGACCUCACCAUGACUGAGAAAGAGGAAAUGGAGGAGGAAUAUAUGGCCUUCAAGUACAUGCAGAGAGACCCUGACCCCAUAGUCAGCUGCCUCACUGUACAGACUUUCUACAUCCUAGAAGCCAAGGGCCCCGAGACGCCAGCUAAGACCCUUUCCUCCUGCCUCUGCAUGAGGAGGCUCCGAAGGAGAUACUACUGAGCCCGCAUGCUAGGGUCCAAGACCAAGGCUUGCCACCAAUAACACUGUGACAUCAGGCCACCUCCUCAGUCCUCUACUAGAAUUGAUGUGUCCCUGUAGAACCUUGCUAAUAAGAAGAGAAAGCAUGAGUUUUUUGUGGAGUUGGAUGUCAGUCUGUGGUCAUGAGCUGCCUGGUGUGUAGAAAUCCUCUGGGUCGGGCUGGCUUCUCUGGCUCUGCUGCCUUGUGCCCACUCCUGUGCAACCACGUGAUCUAAGGUCACAGUAAGCACUUUUCUUUGAACUAACUUGAAUUACAGACUGGGCGUUAGACACAUGCGGUAUCUAGAAUUUAUUUGUACUAGCAGAUGUUUGUUUUGUUUUUAUACAGGGUCUUGCCAUGCUUCCAGGCUGGACUCAAACUCACAUUCUCCUGCCUCUGCAUCCUGAGUGCUGGGAUUAUGGAUGCGUGUCACCAUAGCAGCCUUU